AUGUCUCUUACUAAUCUUCAAAAUCUCGCCCUGAAUAUUUUAAAAGAAACUAAUCAUAUCACAGUCCAAGACAUUAAUAUUACAGAACUAGCACCAUGUUCAGAAUGUGAUAAAAAAAUUCUUUCACUUAAUUAUGAACCAUUCACAAUCCUCGCAUGUGGACACAUAUACCAUAGAUAUUGUAUUGAGAAAAAAAUUUUACUUACGGAUUCGAAUGUAUGCCCUAGUUGCAACAAAUCUGUCGAGCCAGCAGUUUCUGUACAAAAAGAAUAUGAAUCGUCUCAAUCUAGUGGGACCUCAGAUCUAGUGAAUCUUUUGGGUAAAAGUAAUCUUGGAUUCGAUUCUCCUAGAAAUCCACCUGAUGAUUCAAUGGAU